AUGCAAGCAGGUACGCCGCCUCCGAUACGCCAGAUUCCAGGUGCUACCCAAGCAGAAGGAGUUCGUUCAGACUCGCAAAUCUCUCUGCCAGGAGGAGAAGUUUCAGGCUCUGUUACGGGGCCCGGAACUUCCGCCAUUGCCGAAGCUCUGCGAGACGCCGAGGCAAGGAGUCCUCCACCGGUCAAUUCGGCUCCACUGCGACCCCUCUCACCAGGAGCCGCUGGAGCAGCCCUCCCGGAAGUACCAAGCCUGAUGGGUUCAUUUGAUGGAAGGCGUAGCAUUGGUGGAAGGGGAAGCCCAAUGACAUACGAGAAUCCAGAAAUUGUGAGACGGCAUUUGGUGCUUCCGACAAAAGGUCAGUCUACUGCGGACAGAGACCGAAAAGGCUCGGGGAAAUCCAGUAGGCGAUCACCAUCUGCUGUCCACGGGAGGCAGGAGAGCAGCGAUGAGGAGUUUUCAAGUCUUCGGCUGCAAGGCGGUGACAUCACCAGACAAGUGUAUCGAUGGACUGAAGAGGCUGAAGCCGAAUCUCAAGGCCGAGGCCGGACAAAGCGAAGUCGGAGUUUUGAUGUGUCCCGCCCGAAUCCAGCCAGCGAGGUCUUGGAUAUCAAUUCCAUCAAGCAGCCGGGCGGAUUUCGCCGAAAUUAUCUUCGAAGGGCUGCAGAGAGCCCUUCUCCUGCACCAGGCGGGUACGGAACGCUUGAUAGUGAGGCAGGGUUUAGUCAAGCGCGGCCGAGACCGAAACUACUUACGAGCAAUUUUAUCGAAUUUCUCAGUCUUUACGGCCACUUUGCAGGAGAAGAGCUCGAGGAAGAUGAUGAAGUCCUGGGCCCGGAUGAGUACUUUUCGUCUGACGCAUAUGAUGAAGGGGAUUACUUUACCGACGAAGGCGAAGAGGGUCGUGAGCCCGGCGAGGGCAGUGCGCUUUUGACACCGGGCACGCCUGGCAAAAGGAGAAGAAAGCGGAAGGAGCGAGCGCCUGCCGGUUCAAACUCGGCAUCGGGUGCCGUUCUGUUGCUCCUCAAGUCCUUUGUGGGUACCGGUGUACUCUUCCUGCCCAAGGCGUAUCUGAAUGGUGGCAUGCUAUUCAGUAACGUGGUGUUGUUGGUGGUAGCUCUGUUGAGUUAUUAUUGCUUCAUUCUUUUGGUCAACACGCGACUCGCCAUUGACGGAUCAUUUGGUGACAUUGGUGGAAUUCUCUACGGAAAACACAUGCGCAAUCUGAUUCUGGUUUCCAUUGUCGUCAGUCAGAUUGGUUUUGCUUCGGCCUACAUUGUCUUCACGUCGGAGAAUCUCCAGGCCUUCAUCCUUGCCGUGUCUCACUGUCGAACUUUCAUUGACAUCAAGCUAAUGAUCUUGAUGCAACUCAUCAUAUUCCUCCCAUUGUCGCUCAUCCGCAACAUUAGCAAGCUGGGUGCAACUGCGCUUGUAGCCGAUUUGCUGAUUCUUUUGGGUCUCAUUUAUCUUUACUACUAUGACAUCUUCACACUCGUGGCACAACAUGGCGUUGCUGAUAUCGUUCAGUUCAACGCCAAGGAUUGGACCUUGUUCAUUGGAACCGCAAUCUUCACUUUUGAAGGAAUUGGUCUCAUCAUUCCCAUUCAAGAGUCGAUGAAAAAGCCAAAACAAUUUCCUCCUGUGCUUGCCGGGGUCAUGGUCCUGAUCACCGUGGUGUUCAUGAGCAUGGGAGCGCUCUCCUAUGCGGCAUAUGGCUCCAAGACCCAGACGGUCGUUAUUCUGAACAUGCCACAGGACAAUAAAUUCGUCAACGGCGUUCAAUUCCUUUACUCGGUCGCUAUUCUCCUCUCGACGCCGCUGCAGUUGUUCCCUGCUAUCCGUAUCACAGAGAAUGAACUCUUCACGCGGAGCGGCAAAUACAACCCCUACAUCAAGUGGAAGAAGAAUAUUUUCCGCUUCUUCCUCGUUAUGCUCUGCGCACUGAUUGCUUGGGUCGGUGCCGGUGAUUUAGACAAGUUUGUGGCUCUCGUUGGAAGCUUCGCCUGUGUGCCUCUCGUCUAUGUAUAUCCGCCCCUACUUCAUGUUCGUGCGGUUGCCCGCACACGCUUCCAGCGUAUCUCUGAUUAUGCCAUUCUCGUGUUCGGUCUGGUUGUUAUGAUUUACACCACGGUCUUGACACUCAAGAGCUGGGCAGGUGGCCCAGCGAAAGAAGCGCCAGGCUACUGUAAGAAUUAA